AUGAUCCCGACACCAUUGGGUCAAAUCAACAAAGGAGGAAGUAAGGGUUCUAUUGGCAAUAACAUUCAUCAUCACCAGGGAGGAGCAUCAGGUUUAAAAUUAGAGCGAAUUAUCGGAAGUACUGUCUAUAAUCAACAUUCAUUCCAAUUACACCCUUCAGCCAUUCCAAUGUCGGGAGCCCUUCCUUUAAUGAUUGGAGGUCACAGUAUGAAUUCUGAAAUUGUGGCCUAUUUGGCAGGAACCUUUGUCGUUCUUUACAACAUUAAGAGAAGUAAGCAAGUGAAAUAUUUAGAGCACCCAACGUCGAACAAACCCUUCAGUUGCAUUGCAUUUUCAAAGGAUGGUCAAUAUUUAGCAGCCGGUGAGAGAGGCCCCAAACCAUCCAUUGCUGUUUGGGAUUUGCAUCAAAUAUUUUCUCCUUCAAUUAACAACAAGGAGAACAAUAAUGACACGAAUGUGACAUUAGAAAAACCAAAAAUCACUUUUGAUGUGAAGAAUUCCAAAAUGCUCAUAAGUUUAGGUGCUGAAAAUGAAUUGAAAAUCUGGGACCUUGUUCCUGCCUCUGGUCAAUCAUCACCUAGUGUCGGAAAGGGAGAAUUGAAAUUUUCAAAAAAUGUGGACGAAACCAACGAUAUUGCUUUGGCUCCUAAUGAUGACAAUGGUUUCAUAACGGUGGGAAAAGGUUUCGUGAGAUUUUGGUCCUAUGCAAGAACAGCAAAAUCGUCCCUCAUCUCGGUCCGAUCAGUUUUAUGUAACCUCGAUGUGUGGAAGCAAGCAAAUUUUGUUAGUAUUGAAUCAAGAGGAAAGAAUGAACACUCGGAAGUGUAUGCAAUUACUGAAGACGGAAUUCUUUGUAAAAUAGACCCAAAAUGCAAGGAACUACAAAGCUGGGUAAACACCAAAGUCCAAAAAGCCUUCUCCAUGUCAGUCUCCGAUAAAUACAUUGCCACUGCAAGCGCGAAAGGAGUGGUUCGAUUGUUUGAAACCAAAACUCUGCAAUUCAAGAAGACCCUUCCCGAACCACCACCAUCCACCAGUCACAUUACCAUGAAAAGUGUCAAUAAUAUCAACAAUAGCUAUGUCAAGCCUGCUGUAUCGGAGGACUUCAUACCUCCAAGUGCACUUGCUUGCGGCAUUUUCGGUGAAAAGGUUGCUGUCAUGUAUGACGAUAGGAGUUUAUUUGUGUGGGAUAUUUCGAAUCUGUCCUUAAUAUCCAAAUAUAGGUCGUUCAUCAGUCACUCUGGCUGUGUUUGGGAUCUUGAUGUUCUUCCUGUCAAUACAAAAUCAAGUCUUCCACCAGGGACAUUUGCCACUUGCUCCUCUGAUAAUACUAUCAGAUUUUGGAAUAUUGACUCGGAUCAAGAAGAGAAUAUUCGUUCUUCGGUUGCUGGCAAAAGUGCCUUCUGUAAGGAGCUUCUUGCUGUGUUGCACAUUCCUCCCAGUGUUAAGAAUGCUGACGGUGGUAUUCGAAGUAUCAGUUUUUCUCCAGAUGGAUCUGCAAUUAUUUCGGGUGACAAGCAAGGACAUGUAAGAGUCCAUGAUGUGUUCAAUUUUGACCCAAUAUACACGGAGUUUGCACACGAGUCUGAAGUUCUAUGCUUGGACAGCCAUCAACUACCAAACGGAGAUAUCAUUUUUGGCUCUGGCAGCCGUGACCGUAUGAUUCACCUUUACAAAAUGAGCCAUAGAAAUGUGGAUGUUGUACAAACCUUAGAUGACCAUAGCUCCUCUGUUACUUCCCUUAAAUUUAGCUCCACUACCACAAAAGACGGUGAAGUUCUCAAACUAGUCAGUAUUGGAGCAGAGAAAUCUGUGGUAUUCAGAAGGGUUGAGGAUGUUGCUAGUAAGAAGAGCGUUCGAGUUGUACGAUAUCAACAAACUCCAUCACCUUUUUCUGUAUUUGAUUUGGAUGUUGACAUUACUGGAAAAUGGGCAGUAACAGCUGGACAAGGAAAGAGAAUUAACGUGUAUGAUAUUGAAUCUGGAAAAUGCAAACAAUAUAUCGAGACAAAAGACAACAAACCUGUCAAGACAGGAGUUGAUAAUGCAGAUCCAUUGAAGGUUAAACUAUGCCCUGCUGGUAUUAUUGCUGUCACAAGUGCUUCAGACAAACAUUUGAGAGUGUAUUCCUUCUAUCGCAGAAUGCUUAUUUCUAGAGUGAAAGGACAUGCUGAUGUUAUCACCUCAAUAUCUUUUACGCACGAUCUCAAGAGAUUAAUUACUACAUCGGCAGAUGGUUGCAUUUUUAUUUGGUCCAUUGGCACUAAUUUAACCAAACAAAUGAUGGAGAGAAUGGAUGAAUUAGAAAACUAA